CGCGGCGCUUUUUUGAAUAGCCAACCCUCCCAGUGAACGGUGGCUUCAUGGACUAGUAAUAUUAGUUCAUUUCCCAGACUGAGCAUCUCUCAUGGUAUACUUCCUUGGUGUUUGCUAGUCACGUGGUUGUUUUGACAUCCACGAAAUAACAGCCGAUCAUUGGAAAUCUACUCAACCGAUCAUGACUGAGGUGAAACGCGGAUUCGCCGACCUUGGUCCUGAGCUGCCUCCACCUGAAGAAUUUCUUCGUGGUAAGGCACUGCUUCAAAGCAUGCAUGGUGGUGGGCCGGGAAUGCAUGAUGAGAACCGAGAUAGCGAUCCAACCACUGGUAACCUGUACGAGCAUUUGGUCUCCUUACUCAAGUUGAUACUCGAGCAGCAACCCACUCAUGCGCUGGACCAGUUUGAGGAACUGAGUCGACAAGUGAAACGAGAAAUUGGCGGUGGUGCUGGCGGUUCUGGAGCAGGAGCUGGCCUAGUUCAAGAAGAUAUCGAGGCCACCGCUCCCACGGCACGUGAAGACACGCCAGAGUAUCUCCAUGCAAAGACAGAGCGUACAUUGUUGAAGCACCCAAAACAUAAGUGGGAUGACGUGGUCCUUUCAAAAAGUCCACUUCCAGCUCCCUGGGGUGGAUACUAUGAUGAUGAUGACGAAAUACAACGAAUGCAAAACCUUGGGCAAGCUUCGUUCUUGGUUGAACAAGCCGGGGCAGGUUUGGGGCGCUCCGAAAUGCUUCGAGUUUGGUUGAGCAUACGAAAACUCUCGUUGAAAUUGACAACAGUAGUGAAAUUGCGAUUCUGGGGGAAAAUUUUGGGUACUCAAGGAUGCUACUACAUCGUUGAAGGUGAAUUCGAAGCUGGCAUGGAUCCAGAUAGUGGAGUCGAAGGCCCGUUCGAUGAUUGGCGCCCGUUUACCACGGAGCCCGAGUCUUCUGAUAAGGUGCUACCCGUUCGGGAGGUGAGUGAGAACAGCGAACCAAAACCGGAAAAUGAGGUGAGCCCAGAAGAGGCAAAACUUGCUGAAGCCAGAGUUGUGGCGUUGGAACACCUUCCAAAGAAUAAAUGGGUCCCACGAGCUCCGAUCCCGGUCGAAGCAAGAGGUCGCGGUACGAACAGGUGGGACUACUUCGCAUGUACAAAACUGGGGACGGACGAAUGGUUCCGUCUACCACCAGCCAGACCUGAACACAUUGUUUACGCUCGUCACACUCGGCAUUUGUUUGUUGGGCGGCCGGAUGCUCCAGUUCCACGUUCUCCUGGUGCACUGGGUGAUUUUCCUGGUUUAGAGGUGCAUUUUCUUCGUGCACAGAUUGCCCGUAUCACCUCCGCCACUUGGAUCUCUCCGGCCGGAUUGUAUCAAAUAGACGAAGAGGCAGAAUUAGAAGAAGGAGAACAGCCAGAGACGUUGAUGGAAGUAGAAGAGUUCGAACCCCCACAGUUUGAAGAACUGUUAGAUGCAGCGAACUGGCAACAUACGCGUCCAUAUAUCCUACCACAAGGGAGAUGUAGCUUUGUUUCACAAAAACGAGCGGCGGCUGCCCUUCGAGAGAACAUGGAUGAUCCUACAGAAAAGGGAUGGAUUGACCCACAGGUUAUGGAACCCUGGAAAGCCAAGUUUCAGGCUCAAGAAGAAGGUGACGAAGCAAUGGAAGAGGAAGGAGAGGAGGAGGGUGAAGCAGAACUUCCACAGGAGGGUCCUGGUUUGUUGGGAUCAAUCGAAGAAGAUGCCAUUCUGACGGCAGCUGGGGAUGUGGGACUUCCAACAGGCAGAGCGACAAAGCCAAAAGGUCGAACAAUUAGACUGACAUCGCGCCCGUUACCUGCUUGGAGAGUUUAUCCGUCAACCGUUUUGCUGCCGAAAAACUGUUCAGUCGCCAUUGUGAGCUCCGGUCGUUGGCCUGGAGCCUACACAUUGGCCAGAGGAGCAGACUUUGUAAACAUUUAUGUUGGUUGGGGACAGAAAAGUUUGGCUUCCAGUUUCUCACCUAUGUGGCAUCCCGAUUUGAUGAAAGAAUUUGCUGAAGAUGCAGUGCCGCUGAUUGAAACUAAUGAUCCAACGCCACUGGAAGAAGAGGCCGUCCGGGCGGCAAAAGAAGCAAGACGGUUGGCUCGAGAGGCCAGAGCAGAAGAGGCCGAAGAAGAAGCCGAACCGGAGGAGGAAGAUGAGGAUUAAAGUUUGGAUUCCGUCCGGCAUGCUAUCUUCCUUUACUGUCUCAUUCUUGCUUAUAGGGUAAAAUCAAAACACC